AUGAAAGAUGAAAACAGCGAAGAUGAAGAUGACUUAAGAAAUGCAAUAUUGGAAAUCAGAGCAGGUACAGGAGAAGAAGAAGCAGCAUUAUUUGCAGCAAUGUUAUUUCGUAUGUAUCAAAAAUAUACAGAAAGAAGAAAUUGGAGGUUCGAGCCAAUAAGCAUUUCUAAUACAGGUAUAGGUGGCUAUAAGGAAGCUUCUGCACUCAUUAAUGGAACAGAAGUUUUUGCAAGGUUGAAAUUUGAAUCAGGAGCACACAGAGUACAGAGAGUGCCAGAAACUGAAUCCUCAGGAAGGUUACAUACCUCUGCCGCUACUGUUCCGAUAUUACCUGAAGUAGAAGAAGUUGACUUUAAAAUAGAAGAAAAAGACUUACGAAUAGAUGUUUAUAGAUCCAGUGGUCCUGGAGGGCAAUCAGUGAAUACAACUGACAACGCAGUAAGGGUCACCCACUUGCCAACAGGGAUAAUUGUAAUACAGCAAGAUAAAAAAUCGCAGCACAAAAAUAAAGCUAAAGCGCUUAAAGUAUUGAGGGCAAGGCUAUACGAAAUUGAAAGACAAAAAAAAGAAAUGGAAAGGUCAACAAUGAGAAAAAGUCAGAUUGGUUCUGGUGAUCGUUCCGAGCGCAUAAGAACAUAUAAUUUUCCAUAA